AUGUUUCUUUUUUACGCUACGUCGGUGUCUUUUUUUUCCUUACGGCACUUCUUUUUUUCUUUUUGUUUUUUCUUCUGUUCUGCAAAUGUGGGCAUCUGUGCGAAGAGGGUGAAAGGAAGGGGGUUGGAGAGGGAGGGCAUGGAGCCCACCGCCGGUUCUGCAGCUUCCUCUCCUUCACUCCGACCAGGCUUCACGUCCGGCACCCACCGCCGCGCGCUGACCGUCGAUCUCAUGGGUCUGCUGGACAGCAAGGAGACUGACGGCAUGGGCUGGGAAGUGGCGACGAAAGGACGUGCACCAGUGUACGUGGCCUUUGACCCGGAGCGGCUUUGGCAGAUCCCUGAUGGCGGUGGCGCAGAGGAGGUGGGAAACAACAGGGCCUUUCACGGCGUGAUGGUUGUAUUUAGUGUUGGGCCUCUUUGCGGUGACGAGGGGCUCCCAGAGGUUGGCGGGGACGCCUGUUUUGGCGGAUGUGUUCUGAAGUUUCUCAUGUUGCGGACAGACUUCAUGAGGCACCUGAGUUCUUUUUCGGCGCCACUGUGCUCCUCAACAUGCGAACACAGGGAGGAGGAGGAGAAAGAAGAAAAAAGGGAACGCGAUGGGUUUAGGGCCGUGCUUCUUUUCACAGAUGUCAAGAUGGAGGGAACAGACGAUGAUCGGGCACUGUCUGUGGUGUACGUGCAGCUGGCAAAAGAGUGGCGACAUGCUGUGGAUCGUGUGGCUGUGCAACGGCGUGCUGCGCAGGUUAUCGAUGCCGCACUGUCACUCUUUCCGAGUUCUUUGUGGGUAAUCUUUUGGGUGGAUUUUACAGGCAUUCUUGAUGCGAAGGAUUCCUUAUUACCACAUGAAAUCCGUGAUGCUUGGUCGGAAAUUGCCGCCGCCUCCGCCUCUACUCCAUCAGCUCCCCGGGUGACAGUUCUUGUGGAGCCUGCUGCUGCACUAAAGCUGCGCCAGGAUGCUGCAAAAGUGACGGGUGAGGCCGCGCCAAUUUUGGCUGCGGAUGCGAACCUCAGUACCGUCAAGGAGACGCUAUGUAUGUCGUCCGGGAGGCGUCCUUUUGAUGAUUCUCAGCGAGGGAUCAGUGCAAGUGAAAGGAACUGCAUGGAUCCUUAUGAGCUACUUGUAUCUGGGGAUGUCGAUGGAAACGGCGGAAAGAAGGGUGGUAACAGCAGCGACGACGGGGAGGAUGAAUUAAUUUGGAAGAAAUACAAGCGCACGAAGACGAACGCUCAGGAUGCUAAUGACGGGAGUACCUCUCAUCUUGGGCAUCCUGCACACGAGGAAAGUGACGAUGAGGAGGAUGAGUUGCUUUGGAGGAAGUUCAUGUGUGUCUUGAAGGAGGAAGCGGAGGUUUCAAUGCAUAAUGCGACGCAAGGCCUUUCCUGUUUGUUUCUGGAGUGCCCGGGCGACAAUUUGUUUUCCUCACCUGGUGAUGAUGCAUCCAUACGAGAGUUGCUCGCGUCGUGGUCAUCCCUCGGCUCCAGUCACCUACCGCGCACCAUUGUUUUGAUUGCUGGUGAUGACAACCUCCUUGAGCGUACGCUGCUCUCAUGGGUGAGAGUGCCGUGGAGCCAAAACGCAUUGAUACUUCCUGUGUUCGGCGUGAGCGAGCUUGUCACUGGCCAGCACUUUCAAGAAGGUGUAGAGUUGCCACCGUCACGAUCAUCUUUGCCAUCUGUCGCAGCUGCUGCCUCACUGUCGAUGAAUCGUGAUGCCGCCUCCGCUUCUCACAGGUUUUUUAGGAUUUUAAAUUUCGCCGUUCGGUACUUUGGCAUUGAUGUUCACCACAGCGCUUGUCUCUCAGUGACGCGACCUCUUAUGCAGGCGGCGAGGUUGCUUGAUUUUCGGGUUGUGGGAGAUUACGCUUGUGUUUUUUCAUGGGUCAUGCAGUCGCGCGCUGGGAAUUCUGCAGUGCAGGGCUUGUUGGACGUCGAAGGAGAGCGGGAACGCCUUUUUGCGGAGCUGUGCGCCACCAACGAGCUGGCGCGGAAAUUGCGUGAGAGUCCGCGAAGACCAGAGAUUCUACUGCGCGUCAUGGGAUCCAUGCGUGUAGGGGUUGUGCGCCCCGUUGUUUAUGACGCCGUGGCAUUGGCCUCGAAGUCUCUAACGGGGACGCGCGUUAGGCGCUCUCUGGACACUGCGCUCUCACUCUCGCCAGAACAACGAAGUCGGGUGUAUCGUUACAUGGCUUCUUUCUUCACGAAAAAUGUCUUUUGCAUCUCUGUUGAUAUUGUGCGGUCAUGUGAUUCAGAUUAUUUUUUGGGCUACCACUUCUCUGCAGUCGGUUACUUGAGGUACGAGCUCUCAAGUUGGGUGCGGCGCCAUGUGUUUGUUGAGUUACAAGUUGAUUUUCAGCCAUUACUGGAAGGGGAUCCGUUGGGUGCGGAGACGGAGCCGCACUGGUCCCGGGUGUUCCGGCGUCUCUCCUGCACAUGUACACCGCGACGUCACGAAGUGCUUCUUCGUACCGAAACUGGAGAGAAGAAAUGUCGUCAUUUGGCUCAGCUGCUGUAUUGGUCUCUGCGUCCACGUCCGUCCUGCACCACCUCUUUCUUUAGGAAAACAUUUGCUGAUCAAAACCACGCGUCAUAG